AUGCCAUGAGUAUCGUUCCUGCUCCUACGAUAAAAACCACCCACCGCCGAUGUCAUCCUCGGAUCCGCCACGUUUCGGGUUUUGGCAAAAUUAAUGACUUUUUCAUCUCGCGACUGCUGAAGAUAUUUGUAAAAAUGGCCUACUCCAUUAAUUCAUCUUCAAGUUCAGAACCUCACGUCUCGGUACUGAAGAAGAGGCCAUACUCCACGCAGCCGAUGCUACUACUCAUAAUGUAUCUGCUGCAUCGGUCGGUCACGCACCGCGUUGUCUCUUCCAUUCGACUGCGACGGACAUCCAAGUUUUCGCCUCCCAAUACGAUAUGCUCAGCAUAUUUCCUAGAACGGUUGCUCAUCGUUCAUGCUACAUCAGUGCUUCUCAAACGCCUUGUGGUCAACGAACGGUUCAGUCUCCAGGAUGCUUCUACAUAUUUUGGACAUAACCCAUGCACGUAACUUUUACGUGCUGCUUUAUGUCAACAAGUCACUGCUGUGGGCCUCAUAAGGAAGGUCAAUGUACUCUCUGGGAACUCCGUUGUAGCAUUCCGGUCAUCUUGACACGUAA